UUAUAGCAUCUGACAAUAAGAAAGUCUGGAUAAUUAAACUUAAUGCUUGUUCAUUCACAUCAAUUUAAUUCUUUAAACUUACUACACAUAACACAAUUUUAUUAAUAAGCUCGAUCAAAAUACUUCUAUUGUAAAUUAAAUUUAUGAUAUAGUUAGUUUUUUUGUCUUCGGUAUAUCCUAACCGAUCUUUUGUCCUUGAUAUAUGUCACCUGUCACACUAGUGUUCAAUGAAGCAUAAUCUGUUCAAAUGCAUAAACCAUGAAGCUGUGUAACACUUUGCUGUAGUUCUAAAUGCCAAUUACAGCAGUCUAUAAUAAUCAGUGGAAAAGACUAUAUUUUGUAUCACAGAGAAGCAGAUACUUCAGGAUAAUUCAAAAAAAGUUACCAUCAUGAGUGCUUUAGAUUCAGAGUCAUUGGAAGUGGUAGAGAAGCCAUUAUUCGUCCCACCACUUGAAGAAAUAAGAGAUGUUUUAAAACAAGCGCUACCGAAUAACUUUGCUGAAGUCGCUGUAGAAGUGGUGGAUUGUCCAGAUUUGACAAAACAGCCAUUUACCCUGGCAGCUCCAGGACUUGGCGGCAAGCAAAAACUGAUAGAAAUUGGUGGCCCACCAUACCUACUUCCCCUUGUUCAAAGGGAAAAAAUAUACGACGUGCAAUCACUCUUAAAGCGUCUGAACUAUGGAGACAUUGCCCUACUCAUAGGUGCUGGAGCAGGUCCAUGGCCAUACCUGAAUUGUAAUUGCGAGUUAGUAAUGAACCUGGCAAUUGCACCAUCGGGAUUAAAAAACGAAACCCGCAUUGGUUCUGUGAACAAGCAAGCCAAUUGCUGCGUACAACAAACAUUACCAGAAAAAGAAACUCGUUUAGCAUUACUAGCUAAUAUUUAUGUAAGUGAGGGUAAACCUGGUAAAGUAUUGAAGGUGCACGUGAAGAAGCGCAUCGGUCAAGAUGACUUCAUCGCGAGUAUCCGAAAGGCCGUACGGUCAUAUUAUAAGGAUAAGCUAGUCGGUUUGGGCGGUACCUUCUUAUUGAAAGAAGGUAAGGCGAAACAGCACGUGAUGUCCGAUUUCUCUACUGAGCCUCUCAACAGUGAUGAAGCCCUAAAUGAUUGGUUGUAUUUCUUUGAUAUGUCUGCACCUUUGAUAGCAGUUGGAACAAUGGUUACUGACGAAGCGGGCAUGGAUCUACGUGUUCAACAUUUCCACAGCUUUUCUCAUCACGGAGAAGCCGGACAUUAUCAUAUUGACACUACACCUGAUGUCGCUGAAUACCUAGGCUAUUUCAAUGUGGGCGAAGCUCUAUACCGUGUAGAUCAGCCACCGUUUGUUCAGAACUUUGGAAAAGAUUGAAAAAUUGAUUGAUUUUUAUGUACUCAUGAUGAUUUGAUCUUUAUAUACUCUGACUUUUCAUUAAAAUAGUAUCAACUUACACAUUCAUCGAUGCAAUAAACUUUUUGUAUGCAGUAA